AUGGCAAAGAAAGAGCCCGUCCAGCAACACAUUGAGGGGCUGACCACUGCAACAACAGAUUGGACCACUGAAGAAUCCACACUUGCAACAAAUGAUAUAUCCACCUUGGAAAGAGAGACAACGACAGCCUCCAUUUCGAGAAAGAGCCCUAACACAACAGCCAGUACAACUGACGAGUCACUGAGCACAUUUGCUCAGCAAAAAAGUACAACAUCAGAGACGCAUUCUUCACAGGGUUCAAGCCUUACAGAAACUGUUCCUUUCACUCCAAUGACAGAAGCCCUGACACCAAGUGCAAACAUUAGAUCUUCUUCCACCAAAGUGCUGACAUUUAAUACUGGUGGACCAACUGAAAUAUCCACCCCAGGAGAGACAAUGACACCUCAAACUUCAAACAUGAGCCCUGACAAAACAGCACAGCAGACGAGUGAGACACCUGAGACAAGCUUGGCAACAACAACCCAAACCACUUACACUGCAUAUGUUUCAGGAUCUAAAGAGGGGUCAACCUCAGUCACAACAGUUCGGACCACCAUAGGAUCAACCUUUACAACUGGUGGGCCAACUGAAAUAUCCACCUUGGCAGCAGAGACAACGACAACUCUCACUUCAAACACGAGCCCUGACAAAACAGUUAGCACAGCUGAGACAACAGAAAUAACAAGGGCACAGCAGACAAGUGAGACACCUGAGGCAAGCUUGGCAACAACAACCCAAACCACUUACACUGCCUAUGUUUCAGGAUCUACAGAGGGGUCAACCUCAGUCAAAACAGCUCAGACCACCAUAGGAUUAACCUUUGCAACUGGUGGGCCAACUGAAAUAUCCACCCCAGAAAAGUCAACAACACAAGAGACAAGUUCAGCAGCAACAACUCAAACCACUUACAGUACCCCUAUCUCUAAAUCUACGGAGGGGCUGACCUUAGAAACAACAGCUUGGACCACUGAAGAAGGAUCAACCCUUACAACUGGUGAGCCAAAGGACACAUCCACUAUGGCAGGAGAGAAAACAACAGCCACCAUUUCAAGCACAAGGCCAGACACCAUGACCAGUACAACUGAUAGACCAGUGAGCACAUCUUUCCAGGAAACAAGUGCAACAUCAGAGACAAGCUCUUCACAGUGGACAACCAUUACUGAAAAUGUUUCUUUCACUGCAAUGUCAGAAGCACUAACAACAAGUGCAACCAUUGAAUCUUCUUCCACUAAAGCUUCAACAUUUACAACUGAUGGCCCAACAUAUACAUCCACCUUGGCAACAGAGACAACAACACCUCUCACUUCAAACAUGAGCCCUGACAAAACAGUUAGCACAGCUGAGACAACGGAAAUAACAAGGGCACAGCAGACAAGUGAGACACCUGAGACAAGCUUGGCAACAACAACCCAAACCACUUACACUGCCUAUGUUUCAGGAUCUACAGAGGGGUCAAACUCAGUCACAACAUCUCGGACCACCAUAGGAUCAACCUUUGCAACUGGUGGGCCAACUGAAAUAACCACCCCAGAAAAGUCAACAACACCAGAGACAAGUUCAGCAGCAACAAUUCAAACCACUUACAGUACCCCUAUAUCUAAAUCUACGGAGGGGCUGACCUUAGAAACAACAGCUUGGACCAUUGAAGAAGGAUCAACCCUUACAACUGGUGAGCCAAAAGAUAUAUCCACUAUGGCAGGAGGGACAACAACAGGCACCAUUUCGAACACAAGGCCAGACACAAUGACCAGUACAACUGAUAGACCAGUGAGCACAUCUGUCAAGGAAACAAGGGCAACAUCAGGGACAAGUUCUUCACAGUGGACAACCAUUACUGAAACUGUUUCUUCAACUGCAAUGUCAGAAGCCCUAACAACAAGUGCAACCAUUGGAUCUUCUUCCACCGAAGCUUUGACAUUUAAAACUGGUGGCCCAACAUAUACAUCCACCUUGGCAACAGAGACAACAACACCUCUCACUUCAAACAUGAGCCCUGACAAAACAGUUAGCACAGCUGAGACAACAGAAAUAACAAGGGCACAGCAGACAAGUGAGACACCUGAGACAAGCUUGGCAACAACAACCCAAACCACUUACACUGCCUAUGUUUCAGGAUCUACAGAGGGGUCAAACUCAGUCACAACAGCUCGGACCACCAUAGGAUCAACCUUUGCAACUGGUGGGCCAACUGAAAUAACCACCCCAGAAAAGUCAACAACACCAGAGACAAGUUCAGCAGCAACAACUCAAACCACUUACAGUACCCCUAUAUCUAAAUCUACGGAGGGGCUGACCUUAGAAACAACAGCUUGGACCACUGAAGAAGGAUCAACCCUUACAACUGGUGAGCCAAAGGAUACAUCCACUAUGGCAGGAGGGACAACAACAGGCACCAUUUCGAACACAAGGCCAGACACAGUGAGCAGUACAACUGAUAGACCAGUGAGCACAUCUUUCCAGGAAACAAGUGCAACAUCAGAGACAAGUUCUUCACAGUGGACAACCAUUACUGAAACUGUUCCUUUCACUGCAGUGUCAGAAGCCCUAACAGCAAGUGCAACCAUUGGAUCUUCUUCCACUCAAGCUUCGACAUUUAAAACUGGUGGCCCAACUUAUACAUCCACCUUGUCAGCAGAGACAAUGACACCUCUCACUUCAAACACGAGCCCUGAAAAAACAGUUAGCACAGCUGAAACAACGGAAAUAACCAUGACAGAGCAGACAAGUGAGACAUUUGGGACAAGCUUGGCAAUAACAACCCAAACCACUUUAACUGCGUAUGCUUCAGGAUCUACAGAGGAUUCGACCUUAGGCACAACAGAUCGGACCACCAUAGGAUCAGUCUUUACAACUGUUAGGCCAACUGAAACAUCCACCCUAGAAAAGUUAACAACACCAGAGACAAGUUCAGCAGCAGCCAAUAAAACACCUUACAGUACCCCCAUCUCUGCAUCUACGGAAGGUCUGACCUUACAAACAACAGCCUGGAUCACUGAAGAAGGAUCAACCCUUACAACUGGCGAGACAUUGGAAAUAUCCACUACAGCAGGAGAGACAACAACAGCCACCAUUUCAAGCACAAAGCCAGACACAAUGACCAGUACAACUGAUAGAGCAGUGAGCACAUCUUUCCAGGAAACAAGUGCAACAUCAGAGACAAGUUCUUCACAGUGGACAACCAUUACUGAAACUGUUCCUUUCACUGCAGUGUCAGAAGCCCUAACAGCAAGUGCAACCAUUGGAUCUUCUUCCACUCAAGCUUCGACAUUUAAAACUGGUGGCCCAACUUAUGCAUCCACCUUGUCAGCAGAGACAAUGACACCUCUCACUUCAAACACGAGCCCUGACAAAACAGUUAGCACAGCUGAAACAACAGAAAUAACCAUGACAGAGCAGACAAGUGAGACAUUUGGGACAAGCUUGGCAAUAACAACCCAAACCACUUUAACUGCAUAUGCUUCAGGAUCUACAGAGGAUUCGACGUUAGGCACAACAGAUCAGACCACCAUAGGAUCAGUCUUUACAACUGGUAGGCCAACUGAAACAUCCACCCCAGAAAAGUCAACAACACCAGAGACAAGUUCAGCAGCAGCCAAUAAAACACCUUACAGUACCCCCAUCUCUGCAUCUACGGAAGGCCUGACCUUGCAAACAACAGCCUGGAUCACUGAAGAAGGAUCAACUCUUACAACCGGUGAGACAAUGGAAAUAUCCACUACAGCAGGAGAGACAACAACAGCCACCAUUUCGAGCACAAGGCCAGACACAAUGACAAGUACAACUGAUAGAUCAGUGAGCACAUCUUUCCAGGAAACAAGUGCAACAUCAGAGACAAGUUCUUCACAGUGGACAACCAUUACUGAAACUGUUCCUUUCACUGCAGUGUCAGAAGCCCUAACAGCAAGUGCAACCAUUGGAUCUUCUUCCACUCAAGCUUCGACAUUUAAAACUGUUGGCCCAACUUAUACAUCCACCUUGUCAGCAGAAACAAUGACACCUCUCACUUCAAACACGAGCCCUGACAAAACAGUUAGCACAGCUGAAACAACGGAAAUAACCAUGACAGAGCAGACAAUAGAGACAUUUGGGACAAGCUUGGCAAUAACAACCCAAACCACUUUAACUGCGUAUGCUUCAGGAUCUACAGAGGAUUCGACCUUAGGCACAACAGAUCGGACCACCAUAGGAUCAGUCUUUACAACUGGUAGGCCAACUGAAACAUCCACCCUAGAAAAGUUAACAACACCAGAGACAAGUUCAGCAGCAGCCAAUAAAACACCUUACAGUACCCCCAUCUCUGCAUCUACGGAAGGCCUGACCUUACAAACAACAGCCUGGAUCACCGAAGAAGGAUCAACCCUUACAACUGGCGAGACAUUGGAAAUAUCCACUACGGCAGGAGAGACAACAACAGCCACCAUUUCAAGCACAAAGCCAGACACAAUGACCAGUACAACUGAUAAAGCAGUGAGCACAUCUUUCCAGGAAACAAGUGCAACAUCAGAAACAAGUUCUUCACAGUGGACAACCAUUACUGAAACUGUUCCUUUCACUGCAGUGUCAGAAGCCCUAACAGCAAGUGCAACCAUUGGAUCUUCUUCCACUCAAGCUUCGACAUUUAAAACUGGUGGCCCAGCUUAUACAUCCACCUUGUCAGCAGAAACAAUGACACCUCUCACUUCAAACACGAGCCCUGACAAAACAGUUAGCACAGCUGAAACAACGGAAAUAACCAUGACAGAGCAGACAAUUGAGACAUUUGGGACAAGCUUGGCAAUAACAACCCAAACCACUUUAACUGCAUAUGCUUCAGGAUCUACAGAGGAUUCGACGUUAGGCACAACAGAUCGGACGACCAUAGGAUCAAUCUUUACAACUGGUAGGCCAACUGAAACAUCCACCCUAGAAAAGUUAACAACACCAGAGACAAGUUCAGCAGCAGCCAAUAAAACACCUUACAGUACCCCCAUCUCUGCAUCUACGGAAGGCCUGACCUUACAAACAACAGCCUGGAUCACUGAAGAAGGAUCAACCCUUACAACUGGUGAGACAUUGGAAAUAUCCACUACGGCAGGAGAGACAACAACAGCCACCAUUUCAAGCACAAAGCCAGACACAAUGACCAGUACAACUGAUAAAGCAGUGAGCACAUCUUUCCAGGAAACAAGUGCAACAUCAGAGACAAGUUCUUCACAGUGGACAACCAUUACUGAAACUGUUCCUUUCACUGCAGUGUCAGAAGCCCUAACAGCAAGUGCAACCAUUGGAUCUUCUUCCACUCAAGCUUCGACAUUUAAAACUAGUGGCCCAACUUGUACAUCCACCUUGUCAGCAGAGACAAUGACACCUCUCACUUCAAACACGAGACCUGACAAAACAGUUAGCACAGCUGAAACAACGGAAAUAACCAUGACAGAGCAGACAAGUGAGACAUUUGGGACAAGCUUGGCAAUAACAACCCAAACCACUUUAACUGCAUAUGCUUCAGGAUCUACGGAGGAUUCGAUGUUAGGCACAACAGAUCGGACCACCAUAGGAUCAGUCUUUACAACUGGUAGGCCAACUGAAACAUCCACCCUAGAAAAGUUAACAACACCAGAGACAAGUUCAGCAGCAGCCAAUAAAACACCUUACAGUACCCCCAUCUCUGCAUCUACGGAAGUCCUGACCUUGCAAACAACAGCCUGGAUCACUGAAGAAGGAUCAACUCUUACAACCGGUGAGACAAUGGAAAUAUCCACUACGGCAGGAGAGACAACAACAGCCACCAUUUCGAGCACAAGGCCAGACACAAUGACAAGUACAACUGAUAGACCAGUGAGCACAUCUUUCCAGGAUACAAGUGCAACAUCAGAGACAAGUUCUUCACAGUGGACAACCAUUACUGAAACUGUUCCUUUCACUGCAGUGUCAGAAGCCCUAACAGCAAGUGCAACCAUUGGAUCUUCUUCCACUCAAGCUUCGACAUUUAAAACUGGUGGCCCAACUUAUACAUCCACCUUGUCAGCAGAGACAAUGACACCUCUCACUUCAAACACGAGUCCUGACAAAACAGUUAGCACAGCUGAAACAACGGAAAUAACCAUGACAGAGCAGACAAUUGAGACAUUUGCGACAAGUUUGGCAAUAACAACCCAAACCACUUUAACUGCAUAUGCUUCAGGAUCUACAGAGGAUUCGAUGUUAGGCACAACAGAUCGGACCACCAUAGGAUCAGUCUUUACAACUGGUAGGCCAACUGAAACAUCCACCCUAGAAAAGUUAACAACACCAGAGACAAGUUCAGCAGCAGCCAAUAAAACACCUUACAGUACCCCCAUCUCUGCAUCUACGGAAGGCCUGACCUUACAAACAACAGCCUGGAUCACUGAAGAAGGAUCAACCCUUACAACUGGCGAGACAUUGGAAAUAUCCACUACGGCAGGAGAGACAACAACAGCCACCAUUUCAAGCACAAAGCCAGACACAAUGACCAGUACAACUGAUAAAGCAGUGAGCACAUCUUUCCAGGAAACAAGUGCAAAAUCAGAGACAAGUUCUUCACAGUGGACAACCAUUACUGAAACUGUUCCUUUCACUGCAGUGUCAGAAGCCCUAACAGCAAGUGCAACCAUUGGAUCUUCUUCCACUCAAGCUUCGACAUUUAAAACUAGUGGCCCAACUUGUACAUCCACCUUGUCAGCAGAGACAAUGACACCUCUCACUUCAAACACGAGACCUGACAAAACAGUUAGCACAGCUGAAACAACGGAAAUAACCAUGACAGAGCAGACAAGUGAGACAUUUGGGACAAGCUUGGCAAUAACAACCCAAACCACUUUAACUGCAUAUGCUUCUGGAUCUACAGAGGAUUCGAUGUUAGGCACAACAGAUCGGACCACCAUAGGAUCAAUCUUUACAACUGUUAGGCCAACUGAAACAUCCACCCUAGAAAAUUUAACAACACCAGAGACAAGUUCAGCAGCGGCCAAUAAAACACCUUACAGUACCCCCAUCUCUGCAUCUACGGAAGGCCUGACCUUACAAACAACAGCCUGGAUCACUGAAGAAGGAUCAACCCUUACAACUGGCGAGACAUUGGAAAUAUCCACUACAGCAGGAGAGACAACAACAGCCACCAUUUCAAGCACAAAGCCAGACACAAUGACCAGUACAACUGAUAGAGCAUGUCAGAAGCCCUAA